GAAGUUCGACUUCGCUUUCAGGCCCGUGGACGUCGUGGCUGUGAAAGGGAAGAAGCAACCCACCACCGUCUACGAGUUGAUGACCACCCCGGCCACUUUGACGACGGAGUCUGCUGCGAUGUUCGAUGCGUGCCGGAAGCACCGGGAGGCCUUCCAGAGCUACCAGGGCCGCGAUUUCGCCCAGGCGAAGGACAUGUUCCAGCAGGUGGACGAGGCCCUCACCGCCGCGGGGCUCCCCCCCGACAUGUCCAGCCGGCUGCUGUCCCGCCGCUGCGAGAAGUUCCUCAGCGAGCCACCGGGCCCG